GAUACGUGGUCUUUGCUUAUGUUAUCGUCUUUCGGUUUAAUGGCGGAUUUGUAGGGAGUUUCUGUCUGCUUAGAAUUUUAAAAGAUCGCGUCCUGCACCAACGAGUUGGCGUGAAGCACACAGAACAUUUCUGAGAUGUCAGACAGUGAAGACAGUGACUUCUCUGACAACCAGAGUGAGCGUAGCAGUGAUGCUGAAGAAAAUGAGGAGGAGGAGGAGGGGAGGGGCAGUGAAAAAGCAGAAGAAGAUGACCAAGAUGAAGUAGAAGAGGAAGAGGAAGAAGAUGAUUAUUAUGAUGAAGAAGAGGAAGAGGAUGAUGAUGAACGUCCACAGAAACGGCCAAAACAUGGGGGAUUCAUUCUUGAUGAAGCUGAUGUUGAUGAUGAGUAUGAAGAUGAAGAUCAGUGGGAAGAUGGUGCAGAGGACAUUUUAGAGAAAGAAGAAGUAGAAGUUUCCAACAUUGAUCAUGCUGUUCUGGAUGAGGACAGAUCUGGAGCAAGAAGACUACAGAAUCUUUGGAGAGAUCAAAGAGAAGAAGAAUUGGGCGAGUAUUAUAUGAAGAAAUAUGCCAAGUCUUCUGGAGGAGAACAUUACUAUGGGGGUUCAGAAGAACUCUCUGAUGACAUCACCCAACAGCAGUUGCUUCCUGGAGUAAAGGAUCCAAAUUUGUGGACAGUAAAAUGCAAGAUUGGAGAGGAGAGGGCAACAGCAAUUGCCUUGAUGAGAAAGUUUAUUGCCUACCAGUUCACAGACACGCCUCUACAAAUCAAAUCUGUUGUUGCACCAGAGCAUGUAAAGGGCUACAUCUACAUUGAGUCUUAUAAACAGACUCAUGUGAAGUCAGCUAUUGAAGGUGUGGGAAACUUGCGCAUGGGAUUUUGGAACCAGCAAAUGGUACCAAUCAAAGAAAUGACUGAUGUUCUUAAGGUGGUCAAGGAGGUUACCAACCUUAAGCCAAAGUCCUGGGUCCGUCUAAAGAGAGGCCUAUAUAAGGAUGAUAUUGCACAGGUUGACUAUGUUGAACCUAGCCAAAACACAAUAUCGCUCAAAAUGAUUCCCCGUAUAGAUUAUGAUCGCAUUAAGGCUCGAAUGAGUUUGAAAGACUGGUUUGCAAAAAGGAAGAAAUUUAAGAGACCCCCACAGAGACUUUUUGAUGCAGAGAAAAUCAGGUCACUAGGUGGCGAAGUAACUACAGAUGGAGAUUUCUUGAUAUUUGAAGCCAAUCGCUACAGCCGAAAAGGAUUCUUGUUCAAAAGCUUUGCCAUGUCUGCUGUUAUCACAGAUGGAGUAAAGCCUACACUGUCAGAACUUGAGAAAUUUGAAGACCAACCAGAGGGGAUUGAUCUUGAAGUGGUGACGGAAGGAAAAGACAAAGAACGGGAGCAUAACUUGCAACCUGGAGAUAAUGUAGAGGUCUGUGAGGGUGAGUUGAUCAACCUACAGGGAAGGAUCCUCAGUGUGGAUGGCAACAAAAUAACUCUCAUGCCCAAGCAUGAAGACCUCAAGGACCCUUUAGAGUUCCCAGCCCGAGAGUUGCGGAAGUACUUUAAAAUGGGUGAUCACGUGAAAGUGAUUGCUGGACGGUAUGAAGGAGACACUGGAUUAAUUGUACGUGUGGAGGAGAACUUUGUUAUUCUUUUUUCAGAUCUCACAAUGCAUGAGUUGAAAGUCCUUCCUAGGGACCUGCAGCUCUGCUCAGAAACAGCUUCAGGGGUGGAUGUCGGAGGUCAGCAUGAGUGGGGGGAGCUGGUCCAGUUGGAUCCACAAACUGUUGGAGUCAUUGUGCGUCUUGAAAGAGAAACAUUCCAGGUUUUAAAUAUGCAAGGCAAGGUAGUAAUUGUUAGACAUCAGGCUGUUACAAGAAGAAAGGACAACCGGUUUGCUGUGGCUUUGGACUCUGAACAAAACAACAUUCAUGUUAAAGACAUUGUCAAGGUCAUUGAUGGCCCUCAUUCGGGUCGUGAGGGAGAGAUCAGGCACUUAUUCAGAGGAUUUGCUUUUUUGCACUGUAAGAAGCUUGUUGAAAAUGGUGGCAUGUUUGUCUGUAAAACACGACAUCUUGUAUUGGCUGGAGGGUCCAAGCCUAGAGAUGUAACAAAUUUUACCAUUGGUGGAUUUGCCCCCAUGAGUCCACGAAUUAGUAGCCCAAUACAUCCCAGUGGAGGAGGACCUCAGCAGAGAGGAGGCCAUGGUGGAGGAAUGGGUCGUGGCCGAGGCAGAAGAGACAAUGAAUUAAUCGGACAGACUGUCAGAAUUUCACAGGGACCCUACAAAGGUUACAUUGGUGUUGUGAAAGAUGCGACUGAGUCAACUGCUCGUGUGGAGCUACAUUCCACCUGCCAGACUAUAUCUGUAGAUAGACAGCGACUCACCCCAGUGGGUGUAAGAAGGCCCGGAGGAAUGACCUCCUCAUAUAGCCGUACACCAAUGUAUGGCUCCCAAACACCAAUGUAUGGAUCUGGAUCUAGAACACCUAUGUAUGGAUCCCAGACACCUAUACAUGAUGCUGGGAAUAGAACACCACAUUAUGGAUCCCAGACUCCACUGCAUGAUGGUAGCCGAACACCUGGGCAAAGUGGAGCUUGGGACCCCAAUAAUCCUAAUACACCAUCUAGAGCCGAUGAGGAGUAUGACUACAACUAUGAUGAUGAGCCUUCUCCUUCCCCGCAAGGGUAUGGUGGAACUCCCAACCCCCAGACCCCAGGUUACCCCGAAGUCCCAUCUCCACAAGUAAAUCCACAGUACAAUCCCCAAACACCUGGAACACCAGCUAUGUACAACACAGACCAGUACUCUCCAUAUGCGGCCCCUUCACCCCAAGGCUCCUAUCAACCCAGUCCUAGUCCUCAGAGCUACCAUCAGGUGGCUCCCAGUCCAGUUGGCUACCAGAAUACGCACUCACCAGCCAGUUAUCAUCCUACCCCUUCUCCUAUGGCUUACCAGGCCAGUCCCAGUCCCAGUCCUGUGGGUUACAGUCCUAUGACACCUGGAGCACCUUCCCCUGGUGGCUAUAAUCCUCACACUCCUGGCUCAAGCAUUGACCAAUCUUCUUGUGACUGGGCCACUACAGACAUUUUGGUGCGUGUCAGGGAUACCUUUUUGGACAGCCAGGUUGUUGGUCAAACUGGAGUUAUUCGCAGUUUGUCGGCUGGAAUGUGUUCAGUAUUCCUGGUGGAUACAGACAAGGUCGUUAGCAUUUCCAGUGAGCAUUUGGAGCCAGUGACGCCCACUAAGAACAAUAAGGUAAAGGUUAUAUUGGGAGAAGACCGUGAAGCUACUGGUGUCCUGUUGAGUAUUGAUGGUGAGGAUGGAAUUGUUCGAAUGGAGCUGGACGAGCAACUUAAGAUCUUGAAUCUUCGCUUUCUUGGGAAGCUUGAAGCUUAAUUAGAAUGAACUUUGAGCAGCUGCUUUGUAAAACCUUUAAGAGGUUGCAGAGCGUGAGCUGUUAAUUUGUAAUUAUGUCUCAACUUUCCUGUGUAACUUAAAACAACAAAAUAACUAUUGAUUGAAAAAAAUCUCAUAAAAUAUGCAGAA